AAUUUUAUUUUAUUUUUUUAAUUUUUAUUAUCGGGGAUUAUCGGGGAUGCGGGUUGCUGUCGUAAUCAUAGAGAGAAGCCCAGGUCGUUGAGGUCAAGCGCACACCCACAGGCGUCAGAACUCAUAAGGACAUAGCGUAACGUCAUAACCCAGUUUCAAAAAGAAUCCGUCAGCUUAUGCGAAUCCUCACGAACACAUACAGCUUUUGCGAAACCUCUCGAGCGCCAUAACCCAGUUUCAAAAACAAUCCGUCAGCUUUCUCGCUCUUUCUGCGCCCUGCUCUGCUCGGUACCAUCGCCAGCAAAUCACCCCCCUAUCAUCCAAGUUCUGCUAGAUUGUCUCCACAGGGUCUCGGCUCUGUGAAUCCCAUUGAACUUUGUUGUGGCCAUAGGGAUUAUUAGACAAGGAUGUCUGGGAGACGAAAAAUUCCAUCGUCUUUUGAGCGACGUCCCAUUCAAUCUCCAGGUAUGAUGCGGCAUGGUCCACUGCCUGGGUUAGGGCCUCCUGGUCACCGACCAUUUGAGGCACUACCACGUCCUGAACUUUUGGAAAAUAAAAUUGCAUAUCAAGCCGCAGAGAUAAAACAACUGACAGGAGACAAUCAUAGACUGGCAGCUACUCAUGUUGAUUUGAGGCAGGAUCUUUUAGCUGCUGAGGAGGAACUACAGAGACUCAAGGCACACAUGAGAAGCAUCCAGACUGAGAGUGACAUUCAGAUGCGGGGUUUGCUUGAUAAGAUUGCAAAAAGGGAAGCAGACAUUGAAGCUGGCGAGGGUGUGAAAAAGGAACUGCAAAAGGCUCACAUGGAGGCACAGACCUUGGUUGCAGCACGACAAGAGCUGACCAUUCAAAUUCGGCAGGCCACGGAGGAGUUGCAGAAAGCUCGUCUUGAUGUUGAGAAACUACCGGGUUUGCAUGCUGAACUUGACAGUCUGAGGCGAGAACACCAUAGGCUGCGUUCAACUUUUGAAUACGAAAAGGGUUUAAACAUAGAGGAAGUGGAGCAAAUGAAAGCAAUGGAGAAGAAUCUAAUUGGGAUGGCAAGAGAAGUAGAAAGGUUGCGUGACGAGGUCUCAAAUGCAGAGAAGAGAGCCCAUGCACCAAACGCACACGCUGGUGGUUACACAAAUCCAGAUUCUUAUUACCCAGCUAACAUGCAAGGUGCUGGUGUGUAUUUUGAUGGUUAUGGAAGGCCCUAUGUUUCAACCGGUGUUAGACCACCAGGAGAGGGAACAAUACCAUAUGCCAGCAGCAGCGGCAUAGCUGCUGGUGCAGUUGUCCCAACUGCUGGUGGUGGUGCUAUUUGGGGAGCAGCAUAUGAUCCCUCACUGGACACUGCUGCUGCUGGCGCAGCUGUCUCUAAUGCUGGGCUUGGAUCUGCUCCAAGAGGCUAUGAUUCUACGCUUUCUCGGUAGUGAAUACAGGAUGAGGCCUGAGGUUUUCAGGGCUUUAGGCGAACUAUUAAAAUGGAGCAAAUAUUUACUCACAUAAGAAAAUAUGUUUGGCAUUUUGGAGAGAUUUUUUCAUUUUUUGGUUUGUUUUUGUUUGUGUAGUAAAUCACAUGAAACUUUUGCCAUAUAGGAUUUUUAAGUAUUUAAAUGAUGGGUGUAAUCCAAUGUGAGAAGACCAAAGUACUUGUUAUGCUUACUUACCUGAGCAUGUCUGAAGAAGACCAAAAUACAUGUGCCUUUGGUUUUA